AAGCCUUUCUUUGCAGCCUCGCCUCCUGCGGCUGGGUGGUCCUUUCUCUCCGCCGCUCUUUGGAGACACGCGCCGGAGAUCCAGGAGGGAGGCGAUGGACUGAGCCGAUGCACACCAUGGAGUCCCGGGUGUUGCUGAGAACGUUCUGCGUGAUCCUCGGGCUCGGAGCAGUUUGGGGGCUUGGUGUGGACCCCUCCCUACAGAUUGACGUCCUAACAGAGUUAGAACUUGGGGAGUCCACAGCUGGAGUGCUCCAGGUCCCAGGGCUGCAUAAUGGGACCAAAGCCUUCCUCUUUCAAGAUACCCCCAGAAGCAUUAAAGCAUCCACUGCUACAGCUGAGAAGCUUUUUCAGAAGCUGAGAAAUAAACACGAGUUUACUAUUUUGGUGACACUGAAGCAGGUCCACUUAAAUUCAGGAGUUAUUCUCUCUAUCCAUCACUUGGAUCACAGAUACCUGGAACUGGAAAGCAGUGGCCAUCGGAAUGAGGUCAGACUGCAUUACCGUUCUGGCACUCACCGUCCUCACACAGAAGUGUUUCCUUAUAUUUUGGCUGAUGACAAGUGGCACAAGCUGUCCUUAGCCAUCAGUGCCUCCCAUUUAAUUUUACACAUCGACUGCAAUAAAAUUUAUGAAAGAGUGGCAGAAAAGCCUUCCAUAGAUCUGCCUCUCGGCACCACGUUUUGGUUGGGACAGCGAAAUAAUGCACAUGGCUAUUUUAAGGGAAUAAUGCAAGAUGUGCAAUUGCUUGUCAUGCCCCAAGGAUUUAUUGCUCAGUGCCCAGAUCUUAAUCGCACCUGUCCAACAUGCAAUGACUUCCACGGACUUGUACAGAAAAUCAUGGAACUGCAGGAUAUUUUAGCCAAAACAUCAGCCAAGUUGUCCAGAGCUGAGCAGCGCAUGAACAGACUGGAUCAGUGCUAUUGUGAGAGGACCUGCACUGGGAAGGGAGUCACCUACCGAGAAUUCGAGUCCUGGACAGACGGCUGCAAGAACUGCACAUGCCUGAACGGGACCAUCCAGUGUGACACUCUGGCCUGCCCUGUGCCUGACUGCCCUCCUAAGUCGGCGCUGGCAUACGUGGAUGGCAAGUGCUGUAAGGAAUGCAAAUCGACAUGCCAGUUUCAAGGACGAGCCUACUUUGAAGGACAGAGGAAUACAGUGUACUCAUCUUCAGGAAUGUGUGUUCUGUAUGAAUGCAAGGAUCAGACCAUGAAGCUUCUUGAGAGCACAAGCUGCCCGGCUUUGGAUUGCCCUGAGUCUCAUCAGAUUGCCUUGUCUCAUAGCUGUUGCAAGGUUUGCAAAGGCUAUGACUUCUGCUCGGAGAGGCACACUUGCAUGGAGAAUUCUGUCUGCAGGAAUCUGAACGACAGGGCUGUGUGCAGCUGCCGGGAUGGUUUCAAGGCUCUCCGGGAGGACAAUGCCUACUGUGAAGAUAUUGAUGAGUGUGCUGAAGGGCGCCAUUACUGUCGCGAGAAUACCAUGUGUGUGAAUACCCCUGGAUCGUUCAUGUGCAUUUGCAAAACUGGAUACAUCAGAAUCGAUGACUAUUCGUGUACAGAACAUGACGAGUGCAUUACAAACCAACACAACUGUGAUGAAAAUGCUUUAUGCUUCAACACUGUCGGAGGACACAACUGUGUCUGCAAGCCUGGCUACACGGGGAAUGGAACCAUAUGCAAAGCAUUUUGCAAAGAUGGCUGUAGAAAUGGAGGGGCCUGUAUUGCCGCUGACGUGUGUGCAUGCCCACAAGGCUUCACUGGACCCAGCUGUGAAACAGACAUCGAUGAAUGCUCUGAUGGCUUCGUUCAGUGUGACAGCCGUGCCAACUGCAUUAACCUGCCUGGGUGGUACCACUGUGAGUGCAGAGAUGGUUACCAUGACAAUGGGAUGUUUGCCCCAGGUGGAGAAUCUUGUGAAGAUAUUGAUGAGUGCGGGACCGGGAGGCACAGCUGUGCCAACGACACUAUUUGCUUCAACUUGGAUGGUGGCUAUGACUGUCGAUGUCCCCAUGGGAAGAACUGCACGGGGGACUGCAUCCAUGAUGGGAAAGUGAAGCACAGUGGUCAGAUCUGGGUGCUGGAAAACGACCGAUGCUCUGUGUGCUCCUGUCAGAAUGGAUUCGUCAUGUGUCGACGGAUGGUCUGUGACUGUGAGAACCCCACAGUUGACCUUUUCUGCUGCCCUGAAUGUGACCCAAGGCUCAGCAGCCAAUGCCUGCAUCAAAAUGGGGAAACUGUGUACAACAGUGGCGACACCUGGACCCAGACCUGCCAGCAGUGCCGCUGCUUGCAAGGGGAAGUUGACUGCUGGCCCCUGCCUUGCCCAGAAGUUGAGUGUGAAUUUAGUGUCCUCCCGGAGAACGAGUGCUGUCCACGUUGUGUCACUGACCCCUGCCAAGCUGACACCAUCCGUAAUGACAUCACCAAAACUUGCUUGGAUGAGAUGAAUGUGGUUCGUUUCACUGGGUCUUCUUGGAUCAAGCAUGGCACUGAGUGUACUCUCUGCCAGUGCAAGAACGGCCACAUCUGCUGCUCAGUGGAUCCACAGUGCCUUCAGGAGCUGUGAAGUGAACUGCCUCAUGGGAGAUUUCUGUUUAAAGAAUGUUCUUUCAUUAAAAAGACCAAAAAAAAAAAAAAAAGUUAAAAGUUAAGUGAUUUGUGGCCAGCUUAAACGCAGCGUUAUUAAUAGCUGGGCGAAAGUCAGUUAUGACAUUUGUGAAGCUUGAGGAAAGUGAAGAAAAUUCACAAAAGGAAAUUUUUGAGGAAACUAGACCACAAUUCUGCCUCUACUGUACCUGACAUCACCUUGGAGAAGAAGGAGUGUGGAACACAGGCCAUGAUAUCCUGACCCCUGGAUAAGAAGCCUGAGCCCAUCAGACCUUUGAAAGCCUCUGGCUUCAGUGGCGCAGGAACUGUUCUUUUAGAUCAGAAACGUCAUGAAUCAGUUAAGUUCCUCUCUGCAAAAGCAAAAUAUGAGGCAGUGAGUGAGUUAUAUUUUCAGAAGCAAAGCUCUCAUGUGUUAUGUACAGGUCACACUCUGAAAUCUGAAACAAGCUAUUGUAAUGAUUAAAAUAAUGCACAGGCAUGGUUAUGUAUUAUUUUCUAACAGGAACUGUCAUCCCUAUCUCCUUGUUUUACUGCACUUAAUAUUAUUUGUUUGAAUUUGUUCAGUAUAAGCUCGUUCUUGUGCAAAAUAAAAUAAAUAUUUCUCUUACCUUAU